AUGACAGACCAAGACCAAUCCUAUCGUCCACGAUCCCCUGAUUUUUCCACCUUCCAGUCAGUUCCCCUCUCACCUACCUUCAACAACCACAACCUCAACCACAACACGCACUAUCAACUUCCUCACCACUCCCCCGUUUACCAAUUCGGGAAUCCUUUCGUCCAUCGCGCUUCCUACGACGCCUCACCUUUCUUCACCCCGCAAUAUCAAUUACCACCUCUACCACAACAACCAUCGCUUCCUCACCACCCGGUCCCGCAGACCAGGGUUCCCCAGCAAUCCUCCUCAUACUUCCCUCCCGAUCCGGACAUGGCUCGUCGCUCGUCGCGUAUCGCCCAAGCGGCCGAGGUCGCGCCUCACCCGCCCGUCUCCAAGUACGUCGACCCUGUCGACGAAGAAGAGGAAUUUAUACCUUCACCUCCACCUCAACCGCAACCGGAACCACAAGCGGAGCCCGUCGCUGUAAUUGAAGAAGAAGAGCCUCCGAAGCCCGCUCCUGUGCCCGUCAAUGUGGAAGUGAAGACUAAGUUUCCGGUCGCGCGCAUAAAGCGCAUUAUGCAAGCCGAUGAAGAUGUCGGUAAAGUCGCUCAAGUCACUCCCAUCGCAGUGUCCAAAGCACUCGAACUCUUCAUGAUCUCCCUCGUCACCAAAGCCGCCCGCGAAGCCAAAGACCGCAACUCGAAACGCGUCACAGCCUCGCAUCUCAAACAAGCCGUCGUGAAAGACGAAGUGCUCGACUUCCUCGCUGACAUCAUCGCCAAGGUUCCUGAUCAACCGGCCAGUCGCAAACACGAUGACGAUAACAGUGAUCAAAAUGAACAACAACCGAAACGAAAGCGCGGUGGACGUCGUCCGAAAGAAGAGAGUGAUUAA